AUGCAGCUGAAAGCCAUCUAUUUCAUCACUUUGCUAGCACCAAACAUUCAACAUGUCGUAUCCUUUUUGCCACAGCAACAUGUUCCAUCAGACACGACCGUCCCGCAUCAUCAAGAAAAACGUCACCAGCAGCAGCAUCCAUCAGUCUCGACGAAUCUCUCACAGCAGGCCGCUAGAAGCAUUCCCAGAGGUGGCUCGGCUUUGAAUAUGUCUCCUUCUUCCAUGGUCUCAACCAUCGUUUCUAGUAUGCAAACUGGUCCUUGGGGGAUUUUGGCGUUGUCAGCUGUGACUUGGUCAGUAGUCCUUCCAUUGACACUCUACAAGAAAAUCUAUGGAAUUGGCGUGGCCUAUGGAUUCAGUGUAGCGGCGGCUGGACUAACCAUGCUGAAGGUUCUAUCGACGU